AUUUUACGGCGCGGAGACGUAGAGUGCGUAAUGUCUACGCACGCCAUUGAGCAUUAUACACCAAUUUACAUUAGUUAAAAGCACAAUUCCAAGAGUAAAUUUUUCGAAAAAAGUAAUUUUCAAAGUUAUCUAAAUGUUAGCUUUGUAACAUUUGACAUACCACGAAAAUUAAAAAUAAUUUUUCAAAGUUUGCAUAUUCAUACAUUUAUUGUGAUCACAAUUCUAACAAAUUUACAUCGGUUGAAAUAGAGCGUGAGAAAAUGGCGCCAACGAAUAAGAAAAAAGGGGUUAAAGGUCCACCGGGUAGGCCAAAGCAUGAAGUUUGGACUCUCGGUUUUCGCAGAGUUUUGAAGCAUUGCGAAAAGACUCAUCGAACAAUUCCCGCUGCAUUUUGCGUGAUAUGCAACAGUGUUUUAUGCAAUACAGCUUCUAAACGUUUGACAGCACACAGAAGAAUUUGUAAUAUUGAUCAGGCUAAUCAUUCAGAAUUAAUUGAAAAAAAUGAUUCAGAUCCAAAAAUAAAAGAAGUUACGAAAAUUUUGACGACUGAUAAUUCUGCAACAAUUACUUUUGUUGAUAUGGAUGAUACGGCUCAAUUUGUAAAUGAACAAUCAACAUCAGAAGAUUUAGCAAAGACUGAAUAUACUUUUUUAGAUAGUACAACCGAAACUUAUGAUGAAUUUAAAUUACAAACUGGAACUUGCAAUGAUUAUAAGCUUGAUACAGUUCUAACAAAAUUUUUUAUUGGCUGCAAUAUACCCUUUUCUGUCGCAGAUUCUUCAUAUUUUAAAAAACUAUGCCUUGCAUUAAAUCCAACUUGUAAAAUUAUAUCGAGUGAGCAACUUUCAGGUUCUUUACUUGACAACGUUUAUUCAAAAUUUCAUAAAGAUGUAAAAGUCAGUCAAACAUCAGUUUUACUUAUUGAUGGUUGGAAAAAUGAAAGUACAAAUACAAAAAAUGUUACAGUUAUGAUAAGAACUGAAACAAGUGAAACAAUAUUUCUUGAUAAUUAUGAAUUAUCAAACAAUAAAGAUAUUGUUCAAGAAUUAACUGAUAUUGCUAAAAUGUCUAUUAUGGAAGCUUAUGAACAAUUCAAAACAGAAGUAUAUGCUAUAAUUAUGGGCAAUAGUUGGAGUUUAAUUAAGAUGGAUGCAGUGAGCGAAGUCUGGCAAUUCCCUUGCAAUUCAUAUGUAAUAAAAAUUCUGACUAAAGAGUAUAUAUCACAAGAUUUUAUGAAUACUGUAUGUAAAAUUUUGAAGCAGUUAAAUGUCAUAUUUAAAGAUGAUGAUUUAGAAAAUAAAAUAAGUAGUGAAAUGCGGUGGAUUAACACUAAGUGUAUUUUAGAAUAUUGUAUUGCUAAUAUUGGAACAAUUCAAACAAUACUUUCUUCUGAAAAUUUGAUUAAAUUAUCUAAAGAUUAUAAAUGUUUAUUUUUUGAUGAAGAAUUUAUACAUAAAAUUGAAAGUUAUAUUAAUUUUCUUGAUUCAAUUAAUGAACUAACUAUAGUGUGUCAAACGCCUAAAUCAAAUAUUGCAGAUACAGCAGAACAGUGGCUGUGCCUUCAGUUACCUGAUGAUGAUUCAGAAACUGCAGAAAAAUUAUUAGCACGACGCGAUAGUGUAUUAAAGAUUCAAUGUCUUGUAGCAAAUUAUUUGCAUCCAGUAUAUAGAGGUAGAAAAUUAUCGGAUAAUCAAAUGAAUAAAGUUGAAGAAUUUCUUCUUAAUGAACUUGAUUCUGAUGGACUUAAUAGCUUGCAAUCCUAUGUGAAUGGUGACAGUAUUUUUAGAGUUUUAAAUCAGAAAGAUGGAUUAUCAUCUCAAACAUAUUGGAGUCUUGCUAGAAGAACUCAUAAUGAUUUGGCCACAUUAGCUUUAAAACUUUUAACAAUACCAGCAUCUAUUACUUCUAAUUUUUCACAAAUUUUCAAUACUAUAAAAAAUACUUCCCUAAAACCUGAUAAGCUAAGGAAAUUAUUUGCUGUGUAUUAUCAUUUAAAAGAAAAGGAGGAAAAAUUAGAAGUAGAAUAAAUAAAAAUAAAAGAUUAUA